AUGUAAUAAGUCAUUAAUUAAUGUUGGUGUCAUAUUUGCAAAAAAUAAUUUGAAUCCUAAUAAGUUACAUCAGAUCUUAUGAAAUGUGUAUUUUGUUAAUAGGAAUUUUGUGAAAUUAUUGACCCUACAAAUGAUCCUAGAGGUUUUAUUCCUUAUGGAGAAAAUUAAUCAUCAAGACAAUAGUAAAAUUAAUAAAGACAACAACCCUAAACUAUUAUUCACAUUACUAGAAAUUAAAUCCCAAUUAGAUUUCAAUAAAGAUCAAAUGUAUUUGAUAAUCUACUGUAAUUAAUGUUUCCAAACACUCAAUUUUAACCUGGAUAAUCUUUAGAACAAUUAAUUGAUUUUAUUAGUCGUAAUGAUCCAAAUAGAUAUGGGUAUUAUUUUAUUUUAUUGAGAUCACCUCCUGCAUCAUAAUCAGCAAUUGAUUCACUCCAAAAAAUUAAUUUAUAAUCUGAAUGUUGUACUGUUUGUUAAGAGGAAUAUUAAUCUUAAUAAGCUUUAUAAAUGCCUUGUCAACAUCAUUUCCAUCCAGAUUGUUUAAUCCCUUGGUUAAAAUAACAUAAUAGUUGUCCUGUAUGUAGAUUUGAAUUAAUAACAGAUGAUGAUGACUACAAUAAGAGAAAAAACUUAAAGUGA